ACCCGCCACGUUUGACACAUGCUAUCCUGUUGUGCCAGACGAGUUUGGGGAAUCUCAUCGAGUCAUUACAAACUAUGUUAAGAGUUUAUAAUACAUCGAGCGAGUUCCUCUCAUAGCUUGCUGACUUGAGCAGCGCGACGAUGCUAACAUCUGAAAAUAGAUUUUAUUUGGGAGAAUUGUUUUAGUCCAUACUAAAACAAACCGCUUUAGCCACAAGUUAGUUUGAGGGUUCGGGUUGAAUUGAAUGGUUAUCUCACCAAACUCUUGUUUAUUUAGUACAGUGGACACAAUGAGGUUGGUGAUUCUGGACGAUUAUGACCUGGCCAGUGAGUGGGCAGCCAAAUAUAUUCGGAACAGAAUAAUCCAGUUUAAACCCAGCGCCAGCAAUUUCUUCACCCUCGGUCUUCCUACAGGGAGCACUCCAUAUGGCUGUUACCAGAAGUUAAUUGAAUAUUACAGAUGUGGCGCUCUAUCGUUCACAUUUGUGAAAACAUUCAACAUGGAUGAAUAUGUUGGUCUACCUCGUGCCCACCCCGAGAGCUACCACUCCUACAUGUGGAACAACUUUUUCAAGUUCAUUGACAUUGAUCCCGCCAAUGCUCAUAUCCUGGAUGGAAACGCAGAGGACUUGGAAGCAGAGUGUCAGGCCUACGAGCAAAAGAUUGCAGAGGCUGGAGGAAUCCACUUGUUUGUUGGAGGUAUUGGACCUGAUGGCCACAUAGCAUUUAAUGAGCCCGGAUCCAGUCUUGUCUCUAGAACCAGAGUAAAGACGCUAGCCAAGGACACCAUUGUGGCAAAUGCUCGGUUCUUUGGAAACGACCUCUCCAAGGUUCCUACCAUGGCUCUGACUGUUGGAGUAGGCACUGUCAUGGAUGCCAAGGAGGUAAUGAUUCUGAUCACUGGCGCACACAAAGCCUUUGCUCUGUAUAAAGCUAUCGAAGAAGGAGUGAACCACAUGUGGACAGUAUCAGCGUUCCAGCAGCAUCCGCACACCAUCUUUGUAUGUGAUGAGGACGCCACGCUAGAGCUACGAGUCAAAACUGUGAAAUACUUUAAAGGUUUGAUGCAUGUCCACAAUAAACUUGUGGACCCUGUGCUCAGCGUUAAGGACCAGUAAUACAGAAGACUACCAAAGAUGACAUUCUUUUUCAACUCUUAAGCUUGUGCGCAGUUCAAUUUUCACAUCAAUCUUCCAGUUAACAUUAAAAGGAUGAGAAUAGCAUCCCUUGUAUUAAAAAUGGCUGUGUGUUGUUAGGAACUUUAAAGGGUCAAAAUGCCUAAUUUUUUUAUUCAUUGUAUGCAGUCAGCUGGCACGGUGGUUGACUGGUUAGCACAUCUGCCUCCUGCCUCCCAGUUCUGGGGACCAGGGUUCAAAUCCCGGCCCCGCCUGUGUGGAGUUUGCAUGUUCUCCCCGUGCCUGGGUGGGUUUUCUCCGGACUCUCCGGUUUCCUCCCACAUCCCAAAAACAUGCAUGGUUGGUUGAUUGAAGACUCUAAAAUUACCCGUAGGUGUGAAUGUGAGUGCGAAUGCUUGUUUAUUUCUAUGUACCCUGCGAUUGACUGGCGACCGGUUCAGGGUGUACCCCGCAUCCCGCCUGAAGAUAGCUAGGAUAGGCUCCAGCAGCCCACGACCCUAAUGAGGAUAAGCGAUAAAGAAAAUGGAUGGAGGGAUGGAUGCAGUCAGGACAUUUAUUCUGAGAAUACAUUGUAUGCCAUACGUAAUUACUUUAAUUGACUUUUUAGCUUGUAUUUUACGCCAUAAAACAGUGCUAAACAAACACACAUUAGACCACCUAUUAUGAAAAUGUGAAUAGACCAGCCAUUAUCAUGAAAUGCUUUCAUGCAGACCUUUUGUCUCUGAGCUUCAGUGAGCUUGUGAUGUUUUACCAGUUCGAAUUGGAAUGUACCUUUUUAUUCCCACGUUUCAGUCAUCUUUUCUGAGAAGUAAGGAAUUAUUCAUGCAUAACUCCCCCCCCCCCCUUAUUUCAGGAAUGCAAGUAAUUAACUAUCAUUUAACUACAAUUAAAUUUUACUCAAUAACACAUUUCUUUCAGUGUUUUUGUAAAACAGUACAUUUCACAACUUAUAUUAGAGCUUCUAAACACUGGCUUAUUAACAAUUAUAGAAGCGUAACAAUUAGACGUGUAGGUGUGUUGGCUAUAUGCGUACUGUUCACCCAUUUGAGUUGGCGCAGAAAAGACAAGCAAGGAAAACUGCUGUUAAUGAACAUGCAAGUGUGUCUAUUGCUAAUGUUGCUGCUCCUACAAUACUUCAAUAAUACACAAAAGUAUUAAAAAAAUGUAUCAUUUG